CUACCAUCUGAGCCACCUGGACUCAGGCCAGGAAGCAGUUGGUUCCCUGAAUGGCCAAGCUCUCCCCGCCCAACCACCUGGCUGGGCUUCCCUCCCGGCCUCCCUCCUUCCCUCCUUUCAUGGGAUUUAGCUAGUGCUGGGGGUCACCGAGCUGUACCGAGUGCGUACGGUGGGGGGACACAGACACGGGUGUACAUGUGGCCCUAAAGCUCCUAGCCAGACCGUAGGAAAUUGGCCUCCGUGAGGCGACAUCAGCACCACAUGCAAAAGGUCAGGUGCAAGCAGGGAGUAUGAGAGAGGAGAGGGAGGAGCCCCCUAACGAGGGCGGAGCUGUGCAGAGUCCCGAGUGUUGCUUCCCUCUAGUGGUAGCCGGUUGCCCUGCAACUCGAGCCACGUGACUUCUGGGAAAGGGACCUCCCCGAGGAGAACUGAAACUUAGGGUGGGGACUGUGGAAAGGGGUGGAGAGAUCAUACGCCGCCUAGCCAGGGCCUGAGGGGCACUGAGCCCUGCAACAGCCCGGACAGCAGCUCAGGAUGGCGUCAGGCCGGGCUCGCUGCACCCGAAAGCUCCGGAGCUGGGUGGUGGAGCAGGUGGAGAGUGGGCAGUUCCCAGGGGUGUGCUGGGAUGACGAGCCAGCCAAGACCAUGUUCCGCAUUCCCUGGAAGCAUGCGGGCAAACAGGACUUCCGGGAGGACCAGGACGCCCUCUUCUUCAAGGCCUGGGCAAUAUUUAAGGGAAAGUACAAGGAUGGGGACAUAGGAAGCCCUGCUACCUGGAAGACUCGUCUACGCUGUGCCCUCAACAAGAGUACAGAAUUUGAGGAGGUCCCUGAGAGAGGCCGUAUGGACAUUGCUGAGCCCUACAAGGUGUAUCGGCUGCUGCCUCCGGGAACCCUGCCUGCCCAACCAGGGACCCAGAAAUCAUCAAAGCGACACCACAGUUGUGUAUCCCCUGAGAGGGAGAAGGAGGAAGAGGCCUUGAAGAGCUGCACCCUCAGUCCUUCCUGUCUGCAGAACCCCUUCAGUAAUGAAGCAGCGAGAGCCACUGGGGGAGUGGGAGUGGGGCACCCCGACGGCGGCGGCGGGAGCGAUGGGAAUGACGACGGGAGCCCCGGGAGCAGCGGGAGCAGCCCCGAGCCGCCGGAAGGUACAGACAGCACCGAGGCCACAGCUGAGGACCCGAUGGAGCAUUUGUUCUCUGCAGACUUGGACUUAGACUACUCGCUGCUGCUCACCUUCAUCUACAGUGGGCGUGUGGUGAGCAAGCACCAGGUGCGCAGCCUGGACUGUCGCCUUGUGGCUGAGGCCUCAGAGUCUGAGAUCGGCAUAAAGCAGGUGAUGUUUCCCAAGCCUGACCCAGGGGAUCCCAGCCAGCACCUGCUCAGCCAGCUCGAGAAAGGCAUCCUGGUGGCCAGCAACUCCCGAGGUCUCUUUGUGCAGCGCCUUUGUCCCAUCCCCAUCUCCUGGAACUCACCCCAAGUCCCCCCUGGGCCGGGCCCACAUCUGCUGCCCAGCAACAAGUGCGUGGAGCUGUUCAAAACCUCCUGCUUUCAAAGAGACUUGGAAAGGUACUCCCAGUGCCUGGGCCCCCCACCCGAGUUCCAGGUAACACUGCAUUUCUGGGAGGAGAGCCCUGGCCCGAGCCAUACUCUGCAGAAUCCCAUCACAGUACAAAUGGAGCAAGCCUUUGCCCGGCAUUUACUGAAGAGAGUCCAGAGUUGCACACAGCCCUUCAGUUCCUGAUGGAGAGCCGGGGGAAUCCACCUGCCACUGCAUCUCUCUGUUCCUCCUGUCUCCUUGGGAAAGGACGCGUUCUCCUGAUCUGCCUCCCUUUAUGUUCAUUCUGGUGUGAUCUGCCUCUGAGUUACGUCUUUGCCUCUGUGCGCCCUGACUGGUGGAGAACACUUUAUCCUUUGAAAAACUGUUUGAGAUAUAUUCUUUUUUGUUUUUGUUUUUGUUUUGUUUUGUUUUGUUUUUGGUGGUGGUACUGUGACUUGACCUCAGGGCCUUGGGCAAGCUAGGCAAGCUAGGCAAGCACUGUACCACUGAGCUACAGCCCCAGCCUCAGUAUACUCUCUUUUAUGUCUAAGGAACUGGGAAAUUUCCAAAUAGUAUGAACUCAGGGGCCCUUUCCCUCUUCCCCAAGCCUCAACGCUAAAGCUGAGCACUUUAUAUUUCUUCCUAGAUGUUCACGAAAGAUCUAAAAUAAAGUAUUAUUCAAAGAAGAA